UCCGGCGUGUGCGUCUGGCGUCCGCCCGCUGCACAAUGGCGGCUUUGAAGAAUUGGCUGUCGCGCAGCGUAACCUCACUCUUCAGGUACAGACAGUGUUUGUGUGUUCCUGUUGUGGCUAACUUUAAGAAGCGGUGUUUCUCAGAAUUGAUAAGACCAUGGCACAAAACUGUGACGGUUGGCUUUGGAGUAACCCUGUGUGCGGUUCCUAUUGCACAGAAAUCGGAGCCUCAUUCCCUUAGUAGUGAAGCAUUGAUGAGGAGAGCGGUGUCUUUGGUAACAGAUAGCACCUCUACCUUUCUCUCUCAGACCACAUAUGCAUUGAUUGAAGCUAUUACUGAAUAUACUAAGGCUGUUUAUACCUUAACUUCUCUUUACCGACAAUAUACAAGUUUACUUGGGAAAAUGAAUUCACAGGAGGAAGAUGAAGUGUGGCAGGUGAUCUUAGGAGCCAGAGCUGAGAUGUCUUCAAAACACCAAGAAUACUUGAAGCUGGAAACCACUUGGAUGACUGCAGUUGGUCUUUCAGAGAUGGCAGCAGAAGCUGCAUAUCAAACUGGCGCAGAUCAGGCCUCUAUAACUGCCAGGAAUCACAUUCAGCUGGUGAAACUGCAGGUGGAAGAGGUGCACCAGCUCUCCCGGAAAGCAGAAACCAAGCUGGCAGAAGCACAGAUAGAAGAGCUGCGUCAGAAAACACAGGAGGAAGGGGAGGAGCGGGCAGAGUCAGAGCAGGAGGCCUACCUGCGUGAGGAUUGAGGACCUGAGCCCACUGCCCUGUCUCCCCACUCAGUGGGGAAAGCAGGGGCAGACGCCACCCUGCCCAGGGUUGGCAUGAAUGUCUCUGCACCGAGAAGAGGCGGCAGGUUCUGCUGUGGCCGAUCAGGUGAGACUUGCCUUUGUGAGCUGAGUGCCUCCUGUGGUCUCAGGCUUGCGCUGGACCUGGUUCUUAGCCCUUGGGCACUGCACCCUGUUUAACAUUUCACCCCACUCUGUACAGCUGCUCUUACCUUUUUUUUUUUUUUUUACCUCACACCCAAAGCAUUUUGCUGACCUGGGUCAGAGAGAGGAGUCCUUUUUGUCAUGCCCUUAAGUUCAGCAGCUGUUUAACCUGUUUUCAGUCUUAUUUACGUCGUCAAAAAUGAUUUAGUACUUGUUCCCUCUCUUGGGAUGCCAGUUGUGGCAGGGGGAGGGGAACCUGUACAGUUUGUACGAUUUAAGUAUUUCUGAUGUGUUCUCUGAUCUGACCCCACUGCCCUGUGAGGACAGCUGAGGCCAAGGAGUGAAAAGUCUAUUACUACUAAGGGAAGGGGUGCGGAGUGUUUACCUGGUGCUCUCAACAGGACUCCUAACACAGACCUCUUGUUCCUUUCCUUCAUGUUUCUCUAUUGUAUCCAAAGGAGAAGAGUAAGAUUUUGUUUGCAUCUAAAAGAGAAAAUGCGUCUCUCUCCUGGGGUCCU